GGCGUUUGGUUGAACCACCUAACAGUAACCAUAGCAUCUGACAAAUAUCACAUUUCGGUAAUAUAUUUCAUGGUUAUAGAGAUAUAUGGUUUGGUUCAUAAAGAAAGUUUUCAGAAGGCAAGCCUCUUGGCCUCUGAUCUUCAUGAAUCACACCAUGAAAUAUUUGAACAGCCUAGAAUAUGUGGAAUGUUUGAGUUUGAAUGGGCGGACUUCAUAAGGACAACAAAGAAAAAACUUGGCGGAGCAUACUGGAUCUAUAAUCAUGAUGUUUUGGUCAUAAUAGAUGGAGUUCCACUAGGUUCGGAAAAGGAUCUAGCGAAUUGGGCUGAAAGGGAAUUCAACAUUACUGACUAUCGUCCUAUGAAAUUAUACAGCGCAUUGGCAGUUGAUGCCUAUCAAAAAAGACUACUUCAUUUUAAUAGAAUAUAUGUUUCCAUGCAUAUAUCAAUCGAUGGGGAGAAGUGCGGCAUUUUACUACUUGAGUUAUACUCUGACUUUGUGCCAAAAACAUGUGAAAAUUUCAGGUCAUUGUGUACUGGCGAGUAUGGAGUGAUUAAGAAAAACGAGGUGGAGAAAUAUAGAAUGAAUUAUAAGGGUACAAAAUUUUUCCGUUUGGUAAGAAAUGGAUGGAUUCAAGGUGGAGGUACAAUAGCUAUGCAACCUACUUUGCUUUAGAUAUUUUGUAUAACAGAGGAAAUGAUGGUCGUUCAAUCUAUGGUCCAGUAUUUGAAGAUGAAAAUUAUAUCAUCAAGCAUGAUCGACGCGGAAUUCUAAGUAUGGCUAAUUCUGGACGUCACACAAAUGGUUCACAGUUCCUCAUUACACUGGCACCAGCUGAAUGGAUGGAUAACCGCUACGUAGCAUUUGGGCGUGUAAUUGAAGGAAGUUUAACUCUGGAUAAAAUGGAAGAGGUCCAGACUCAUUACGAACGUCCAGUGAAAGAUAUAUGUAUUGAAAAUAUCAGCGUUGUUAAUCCCAACGAAUUAGCGACUAAAAUUGCCUAAAAAAGUCUCGAAAAUACCAGACGGAAUAUGCACACUUGUCACUAUAGUAUAUUAAAAAUACAGCACUUAUAUAUAC